AUGGAAAGAUCAAUUACAGCUUUCUCAUUUGCGCUGCUUGCUUCUUUAGCUUCAACACUUGUCCUUGUGGUCCAAGCCCAGCCAGGUUUUAUCAACAUCGAUUGUGGGGCAUCCCAUGACUACACCGAUGAGAACACUAAUAUAGCAUAUAAAAUGGAUGAUGGGUUCGUUGACUCCGGGAAAAACAUGCAGACAUCCGGCACAUCGUUUCAAGAUAUUCGACAGUAUUUGAACAAUAACUAUAAUGAGGAUCCCGAGGCUCCUGUUUUCAACAGGCGUCCUGUUUUCGACCUGUACAUCGAUGUUAAUUAUUGGGCCACGGUGGACUACAUUUUUGGUGUCGAAGAGAUCAUGUAUGUGCCCAAGGUAGAUGAUAUAUGUGUGUGUCUUGUGAACACUGGCAAUGGAGUGCCCUUUAUUUCGGCGUUGGAACUAAGAGCUUUGGACGAUGGUAUCUAUUCAUCGGGAUUUGGGCUCUUGCAAACCCGUGGGCGGUUCGACCUGGGAGGAAGCUUGGUGGCACGAGUCAGGUACCCUGACGACGUUUAUGAUCGGAUCUGGACACCUCAGAACUUCAGUAACUGGACCAGACUGAAAACCACAUCUGUGAUUGAUUUAUCUAAGAAUAAUAAUGCAUAUAAGUGGACAACAAAUGUAGCGCUGACCAAUGAUGCGGGAUCAUUACCAUGGGCACCGCCAAAGACAUGGAUUGUGUACUUACAUUUCAUGGAGAUUGAGAGACUGAGCGGCCUGCAGAGGGAGUUCACAAUUUACAUUAACGAUAAUCAAUUCACCAAGACAGUGAGCCUUGAAUACUUAAAGCCAGUGGUUGUAGUUUCCACUCUAGUUAGCGGGCCGCUCAUCAUUGUCUCAAUUAAUUCGACGAAUAAGUCUGGAAAUCCACCUAUCCUCAAUGCCAUGGAGUUCUAUAAGGUUGUUGAUCUUCCAAAUGUACCCACAGCACAAGAUGAUGUGAAAGCUAUCAAUUAUAUCAAAGCAGCGUAUCACAUUAAGAGAGAAAGCUGGCAAGGUGAUCCAUGCGUACCAAGCGAGUUCACAUGGGAUGGUCUAAAUUGUAGUUAUGGAAAUCCUCCAAGAAUUAUAUCCCUAGAUUUGUCCGACAAUCAGCUUACAGGAGAAAUACCGGAAACUCUGGCUGAAUUACCAAAUCUUAGCUUUCUAAAUUUAAGUGGAAACAACCUGAUUGGAUCAGUUCCUGAAGCUCUUAAGAAAAUGGUUGUGGAAAAUAAUUUAUACAUGAGUUUGAUAGGAAACACGAAUCUUUGCCUAGCUGAUCCUUGCCCGCAUAAGAAGAAACAAAACACCGUCAUUGUUCCAGUUGUUACAUCCGUUUCAGGCUUCUUUGUGGUUCUUUUUGGUGCUUUGGCUAUUAUGUGGUUAAUCAAACAGAAACAAAUGGCAGAAUCUUGUGAGAGAACGCUGAGAUUAAAGGAUCGACCUUUUAAGUAUGGAGAGAUUUCAAAAAUCACUGGGAACUUUGGACGAGUGAUUGGAGAAGGUGGAUUUGGUAAGGUAUAUCUUGGCACACUAGAUAAUGGCACUGUAGUUGCUGUGAAGAUGUGCUCUAAAUUGUCAAAGCAAGGGUACAAGGAAUUUCAUGCCGAGGCACAACUCUUAGCGAUUGUACACCAUGGAAAUUUGGUUUCCCUGGUUGGAUAUUGUGAUGAUUCUAAGCACGUGGCAUUAAUAUAUGAAUACAUGGCUAAUGGAAAUUUAAGGCAACAUUUAUCAGGUGACCAUCCGAAGGUCUUGCCAUGGAGUAAGAGACUACAAAUAGCUGUGGAUGCAGCACAAGGUUUGGAUUAUUUGCAUAAUGGUUGCAAGCCACCCAUCCUCCACAGAGACUUGAAGACUUCAAACAUCUUGUUGAAUGAAGACUUACGAGCCAAAAUAGCUGAUUUUGGCCUAUCAAGAGCUUUUGCAACUGAAAAUGACUCCCAUGUGUCAACUCAUCCAGCAGGCACUUUCGGCUACCUAGGCCCCGAGUUUCAAUCUUCUGGAAACUGUGACAAGAAGAGCGAUGUUUACAGUUUUGGAAUUGUACUUUUUGAGUUAAUCACGGGCCAACCUGCGGUAAUGAGAGGCUGGGAUGGCAGCCACUUCAUGCACAUACUUGAAUGGCUAAUUCCUAUCGUUGAAAGUGGUGAUAUACAAAGGGUUAUGGAUCCAAGGUUACAAGGAGAAUUCGACAUCAACUCAGCUUGGAAAGUGGUGGAGAUUGCUAUGUCUUGUGCACAACCAAGGGUGAUUCAUAGGCCGGACAUAUAUCAUGUAUUGACAGAGUUGAAGGAGUCUUUGGUGAGCAAAUCAAGCGGUUCUUUUGAAGUGACCUCUUUGGAGAUCCAUUGUAACAGUGUCCCUAUAGCAAGGUAG